AGAGAAAUUUAGGUCUUACUAGUUUAUUUUUUUUAAUGCUUCAGGCUGCCUGGAGACUCAAGAACAAGAAUAGGGUUCAUAACGUUUGACAGCACUGUUCAGUUUUACAACUUGCAAGAAGGUCUAUCUCAGCCUCAGAUGCUGAUUGUCUCAGAUAUUGAUGAUAUUUUCCUACCUACACCAGAUAGUUUACUUGUAAAUCUCCAUGAAAGCAAAGAGCUGAUCAAGGAUCUGUUGAAUGCAUUACCAAAUAUGUUCACCAAUACGAGAGAAACACACAGUGCGUUGGGCCCUGCUCUUCAGGCUGCCUUUAAACUGAUGUCUCCGACGGGAGGCCGGAUAUCUGUGUUUCAAACCCAGUUGCCAUCUUUGGGAGCAGGGCUCUUGCACUCCCGAGAAGAUCCCAAUCAAAGGUCAAGCACAAAGGUAUUUUCUUAA